AUGUCUCACACAAUCGUUUUAUUACAAACCACCAUGGGAAAAUCAAGUCGUACCUUUAUGGAUUACGAAUCUGUAAACCAAGCUAUUGAAGGUAUUUGUAAUAUGUAUGAACAAAGACUUAAACAAGAACGUCCAAAUCAGAAAAAUAUUACCUAUGACAUUUCUCAAUUAUUUAAAUUUAUAGAUAGUUUAGCCGAUUUAUCAUGUUUGGUAUACACAUCUCAUAUCAACGCUUACACACCAUACAACAAAGAAUGGAUAAAAACUAAAAUCAUCAACCAUCUCCAAAAAUUAGCUCAAUAA